AUGAAACAAAUCUUGGUGUUGGGGAAGGUGGUGGCACCCAAAACACCGGAUGCUUGGAAACAGUGUGAAUCAAAUUACUGGCUUUCCUUUUCAUAUGUGGCAAACCUCAGAAUGAAUGGCGGUUCAGGAAUAAUCGACGGCCAGGGUUCAUCUUGGUGGAGCAACGCUAACGAACAAAAGCUCCACAUAGAUGACAAGAAGAAGUGUCAACGACCAAAGGCUCUACACUUCCAUGGAUGUCAUAAUCUUCUACUAACUGGACUUACUCAUGUAAAUAGUCCGAAAGGUCAUAUUAGUAUAAGCAACUGCAGAUAUGUAUAUGUCGCCAAUCUCACUAUAACUGCACCUGAAGAGAGUCCAAACACCGAUGGAAUUGACAUCUCAAACUCAAAUCAUGUCAACAUUCAUGCCUCUUAUAUUGGAACCGGUGAUGAUUGUAUAGCUAUCAAUUCUGGAUGUUCUAAUAUCAACAUUACCAACAUUGCAUGUGGCCCAGGCCAUGGAAUUAGCGUGGGAAGCUUGGGAGAAAAUGGGGCUUACGCAACAGUAGAAAAUGUAUCUGUGAAAAAUUGUAAUUUCAGUAGAACUCAAAAUGGAGUAAGAAUCAAGACAUGGCAGGGUGGAUCUGGGUACGCCAAGAAUAUAACCUUUGAACAAAUCACACUUCAUGCCACUAAAAACCCAAUUAUCAUCGACCAAUAUUAUUGUAAUGGAGCUCACAAUUGUAAAAACAAGACCUCAGCUGUCAAGGUGAGUGAUGUGAGAUACAGGAAUAUCCAAGGCACUUCAGCAAAAAAGGAGGCGAUAAGAUUAGACUGCAAUCAGUUUUCGGGUUGUCGCAACAUUGUAAUGGAGCACAUCAACAUCACCUCGAAUGUUCCUGGUAAUAAGGGGAUACAGGCAUCAUGCUACAACAUCAAUGGAAUUUCUAAAAGCACAGUGCCGAGAGUACUUUGCCUGCAGUCCAAACUGGUCCAGUAG